AUGGCAUCCAUCAUUUCACGUCGCGUUCAUUUCAGCAGACCAAUGGUACGGAGCAUGGUGACCACCGCUCAACAGGCAGCACCUUCAUCCUCCUCAGUACCACCAACGACUUCUUCCCCUGAGUCGCCACCACCAAAUACGCAUUUCAAAAUAACGAUGCGUCGGUCUGCCAUCUCUCUUGGCGAGAAAAUCAAAGGGACCGUCGUUUCUCUCGGUAUUCAUCGACGAUUCCAGACUGUGUACCACCGACAUUCGCCUGAGACUGCUGGAAAGAUUCUGAAGUUGAAGGAGUUGCUUGAGGUGGAAAACGUGCCGGAGCAUCUUGUGCUUACGAAGCAGCAGCAGAGGCAGCUAAGGAAGGCGCCAAGGGGGUACAAGGUGGUUGGGACGAGGAGAGGGUCAUUUAUGAAUAUCUGAAGCACGCUUUACUAACCCUAAUCUAUACUUGGUACUGCCUUGACGCAGCCCUUCAGCGCGUUCAAAUGUGCACUUAAUUCGUCUCUUCUGAAGAUUAGACCGGUGACCGUCAGUAUAUGAAGGAAAUUCUGCGAUAUAUCUUGGAUUCUUGGAACUUUCGAUCAUGAUCAUGUGAUUGAUGUAUAUUUUGACGUGUC